UCUCUUAAAUAAUUAAAAUACAACUUAGAUAUGUUCUCAAUUCAUAUCUCAUUCAGUUCACUUUGGCUGUAGAUAAGACUUUUAUGGAUGGCUAUUAUUUGUAAACAUUGAGGCUGUGUGAUUAAAGCAAACGUCAUAUAAUUCCUGAGGCAAGAAGAUAUAAGAACUUCAGAAACUUCCUGGGAUCUCUAAGGACACUGAAGAAGGCAGGGGUCUUCAGAGCCUUGAAUGCCAACCAGAUCUGGGUGAAUCCAGGAGUAUCAAGGAAAAACUGAAAGGACUCUGAGAUCCGUGCUUCCUGAAGUACUUCUGUCCCUGCGGGAAGAGGAAGAUGGCUCUGAAAAGCAUGUGGCUGGUUUUUCUGAUGAGCUGUGUAAUCAGCACUGAAGUCCUGGAUGCCAUUAUCGUGAGACCUAGCUGUGCUACCGGCUGGUUUUACCAUGGGUCAUAUUGCUAUGGAUACUUCCGGAAGCUGAGGAACUGGUCCGAGGCUGAGCUCGAGUGUCAGUCAUAUGGAAACGGAGCCCAUUUGGCAUCUGUCCUGAAUUUAAAGGAAGCCAGCACCAUAGCAAAGUACAUAGGUGCCUAUCAAAGAAACAAGCCGGUGUGGAUUGGCCUGCAUGACCCACAGAAGAAGCAUCAUUGGCAGUGGGUCGAUGGAGCCAUGUAUAUUUACAGAUCCUUGUCUGGCAAGUCCGUGGGUGAGAACAAGUACUGUGCUGAGAUGGACGCCAAGACCUAUUUUUUAACUUGGACCAGAAAAGAAUGCGAUAAGCGCCAACACUUCCUGUGCAAGUACCGACCCUAGAGCAAGAAUCCAGAUCCGGCCAACCCUGGCUCAAGGCCCUUUCUUCUUCCUUCUCUGCCAUGCUGCCUAUCUGAUCAUUGUCUCGAAGAGUAAACAUAGCAACUAAGA